AUGGCGUGGGAUUCCCCGCGCACCGACUGGAGGGGCGGUGAGGUGUACGAGUGGGCGGCGCGAAGCAAAAUGGAUCUCCUCAAUAAAGGAAAGGAAAAAACUUGUUGGAGAAGACAGGGCGGGUCUAUAGUCGAUCUGACGUGGGCGACCCGCACUGCGAAGAGGAUUAUACACGGCUGGAGGGUGGAGACGGAGAGGGAGACAGAUUCUGAUCACAGAUACAUCACAUUCUCCGUCUCUACCCUCACAAAGGAGGUCUUAAAGCGCCGUCUGCUCAGAGAAGCUAGCUCCAGGAGAUGGGCCCUGUGGAAGAUGAACGAGGAUGCGUUUCAGGCCGCAAUAGUUGCGACAUUAAUUGUGGAAAGAGCCCCAAGCGGGGGCCUAGAGGAACAAAGGGCAUGGCUACAAAACAUCAUAACACAAGCAUGUGACGUAGCCAUGCCCAAGGUAAGGAAUAGGCCACGCAGGCAGGCCUACUGGUGGUCGGAGGAUCUGGCGAAGUUGCGCAGAUUCUGCGACCGGGCAAGAAGGAGGGUGCACCGACGGAAGAAAUACGCGCUGUCAGAUUCGGAGGGCCUGGAAGACACGUGGGAUGCGUACAAAGAGACACACAAUAUCCUACGCGUCUCCAUAAGACAAGCAAAAGCAAGGGCAUGGGAAGAGCUGCUCUCUUCUCUAGAUAAGGAUCCAUGGGUUCGUCCCUAUAGAAUGGUUUUAAACAAACUAAAGAGAGGGACGGCCCCGCUAACGGAGACCAUGGACCCCCGUCUCGUACAGGAUAUAAUAGACACCCUAUUCCCGCGUAUUACCGACGAUCGUCAGAUACAAAAGCGGGAACAGGAGUGGGACGAAGACGAGAUGGGGGUCACGAGAGGAGAGCUGAGGGACGCCUUCAGAAAAAUCAAAAGUGGAAAAGCCCCAGGACCUGACGGCGUCCACGGGAAGGCAUGA